AUGCCUGGCAGAGAUCCGAAGCGUAAUCAACAGGGAAAUUAUGGUAGUUAUGGAUAUUCAAAUGGCCGAGGUGGUGGUACGCCGCGAAAUCAUGUGAUACCAAACGAGCCUCCCUUUACGGCCUAUAUUGGCAAUGCACCUGAUUCGAUGGUCCAAGGCGAUUUCGAAACUCAUUUAUUUGUUGGUCUGAAGAUAAAACAAGUUCGAUUAGUACGUGAUCGACAAACGGAUCGAUUUCGAGGUUUUGCUUAUGUGGAUUUCGAAGAUGCAGAUUCUUUACGUCGUGCAAUUGAUUUGGAUGGAACAUGUAUCAAUGAUCGUCCAAUCCGUAUUGAUGUUGCUGUUCGACCAUUGGGGGCAACAAAAUCAGAAGGUUUCCGCAAGAAACCUGGUUUCGAAGCUGGCAAUAAUCGUUGUCGUAAUCCAUCAGGUAAUAGCAAUACUGUUCCACGUUAUAGUGGCCGAAGCAAUAGCAAUUACAAUCCACCAGAAACUCCAUACAAUGUGGAAGACGGAUAUCAUGAUGAUUAUCCAGUUUCUGGACACACUCGUCAACCAUCGGGUUCAAGUAAACCUAUCGAACGUCGCAAUAGUCAGACUCAACAGAAUAAAACAACUUUAGCACAUCAAGUCUCGAAUGAUGACGUUUUUAUUGCGCCUGACACUCCUACAUCGAAUGAGGACGGUGUCGAUCAAGAAACUACGACAAUGAUUCGACAACAGAGUCGAAAUUGGGCUGAUUGUCCAAUCGAUGAAUCGGUUACAGAGUCAUCUCCACCACCAAGUGUCAAUAAUACAUUUACGAACGAUGAAUUUCAAGUCGUUCGUAAUAAAAAUGUCAAAUCACAUCCAAAUCAACAUUUUUCAUCAGGUUCUAUGGGUGGUAAUCAAUCAGGUCGCGGUCGUAAUAAUGGAAACUUCCAUCGUGGUAAUGUCUCGCAAAUGUCGGGUGGUCGCGGUUUCUACGAUCAAUUUUCCUCUCAAUAUUCCGAUCAAUCUCAACAAUUCUACCAUUAUCAACAUGGACAUCCAUCCUCUUUACAUACGGGCAUGUCUUAUCAUAUGAACAAUAAUAACAACAACAAUCAUUCGCAUAACCGACAACGUGUUAAUUCGAAUCGUUCGAACCGUAAUAAUCGAAAUUAUUCUGAUAACGACAGACGUUUAACUAAAGGUCUUAGCGAGAGUUCAACUGAUCAUGAUAGUACUUCCGUCUCAGCCGAAAAUCGACCACGAUUGCAGUUAUUACCUCGAUCACAAAAGCUUUCGUCAUCAACUGAUGAUAAUCAAACGUCUGAACCGGUAUCAAGAAGUGCCAAUAUAUUUGGUUCUGGCAAGCCGCGCGAUGAGCGUGAUCCAAAAUUGAUGGAAUUAAACAAACAUAUCGAAGAAGUAGUUGAGAAAGAACAACAUGUUCCUCGAACAAAAUCAACUGCAUCUAAUGAAUCCACAGAAGGUGUUGCCAAACCGGUACGAAUCUUGACAGCAUCGACUGGCUCGUAG